AUGUCAGAUACAAAUACCCCAGCAUCCACCUCUACCUCCGUCAUUGAAAAUGAGUCUGUGAUGCUAGCAGAAGAAAUUAAGAAAUAUAGAAUGAAAGAGCUUAUCGAUUUCUUGCAUAAGGAAGAGAACUUGGAUCUUGUACAGGAAGAUUAUGAUAUAAUCAAGAAGGAGAGAAUUAAUGGCCGUGACUUUCUCAAGAUAAGUAAAGAAGAUCUUCGUA